UUUAUCUUUUGGUAUGCUAAUAACAACAGGUGAGUUAUUUAGCAAUUUAUUUGCUGUAAAAUUUCAUCAGAUAGUGUGUUUUUGGGUAAAAUUUCAUCCUUGCCAACUCACUGGUUGGCUACUCUUUUUGAUGAUCCAGGAUUGUUUCAAGUACUUAGAUUGAACAUUAUUUAUUAAAACAGAGCAUUUGGAUAUCUUGGUGUGUUGAACUAGCUUAGUUGAAGCACUGCAAAAAGUGAAAAAAACUAACUGAAUCAUCGGGUUUUUGAUUUUCUUAUUUCCUAUUUUGCUCCUUAAUCAGCUUCCUCCUUGAUGGUUUUGAUCCUCUCGCUUGGUUGAUUCUUUCUCACUGGCCAACACCGACGUACCUGAUGUGCACUGAAAAAAUGUGCACAAUUGGAUUUUGUGGUAUGUUUCUAUUUUGUUAUUGGAGGGAUGUUAUGUUGCAUAGUCCAACGGAAAUUCAAAUCAUUUCACAGGUAUAUUCUUCUCUCUUCUUUAUUUUCUUUUCUCUCUAAUAGUGUUUUCCUAAUUUUUUUAGUUUGCCUUGGCAGAAUCCUUGUUUUUUCUGUUCUCUGUUCCCUUUUUUCUUUUUUUUUUCAGUGCUAACUCAAAUCCCUACUGCUAAAGUGACUAUUGCCGUUUCUGUGAAUUGGAUUAAAGAUUGAGCCUUCCUUUUCCCCCUUAUUUUUGGUCUCACACGUGUUGAAUUAGAUAGUUCAAAAAUACAUAAUAUAUGAUGCUAUGAAUUUGUGAAGGUCUUGGCUUUGAGUACUUAUAUGGCUUUCUUGCUAUUAAAAUUUCUCUUCGAAUUGGAUGGAAGUUUAGGAGGAACCAUUCGUUAGUUUUCAUGUCUUGAUAUGCAUGAAAAUGAGAAACAGUGGCAAUCUCUAAUCUUCGGUCAAAACUAGAUUCUCUAAUCAUGAAAAUGGAAUUCAUAAUGAUGUGUUUUAAAAGGACCUUGUUUCUUUUCUGAAGGAUGUGAUUGGUUAAAACCUGUUAGUUGCAUUGUUGCUUAAUUAAAUGUGUUUGUUGUACUUUGUUUCCUAUUUCUCUUCUCUCUUGGAUUAGUUUCUCUUCUACCAUUAUAAAAGUUAAGUGGUAAAUGUGUUAUUUGAAGCAUCAUUCACACGCUGUGAAUGAACCAGAGCCUUAGAAAGCUUAGUUAAGGUGUUAUGGUUAAGACAUUGUUCAUGAAUAAAAAUUUGCAUAAAUGAAUUUUAACUUUUGGAUGUGAUUAUAACCUACCAUUGUAAAUUUUUAAAUGGAAAAGUCUUGGAGAUGAGCAUGUGGCAAGCGCCGAACCAUUUAUGUGAAAAUGAAGUAUUUAAUAUUGCUGCCUUGUGGUAUCUUUGGUUUAGGCACAUGGAAUUUGAAUGAGACUUAUAUACUUGAUAAUUUUGGAUGGUAAAUUAUACUCGUGUGGUAAUUUACACUCGUGUAUGUAAAGAUCUAACUUUUGAUAAUAUUAAGGAAGAUUAUGGUUUAUA